UGUUGUCUCGUCCUCGAUGAUGAAAGAUAACUAGUGUAGUCCCGGCUUACAUCCUCUGGCGUCACACAAUUUUAAAGCUAAAAUAAAAUAUUUCUGAACGCAGUCGUACGUAGGUCCCACCACGCCAUCUAUUACCUGUCAACUCAUUCGGUUUUCCGUGUUAUUGGCGUCACGUUUGCGGUCGUGAAAAAUUUUGUUAUUUAUAGUGUUUUUUCUACGAAAUAUUCGAUACAAUGGACAGAAAAAGGAAAGGAGAAGAUAAACUUCAUCUACUGAAAAAGAUUCGACGGUUGGAAAAGAAAAUAAUCAGUUUACCGGAAUCCGAUGACGAAGCUAAGGAGAUUGAAGAAGGUGAAAUUGAAAGUGAGAAGGAGAAUGAUCAUCCAAACUCUGAAUUCCUUGAUGAUUUUAUCCUUGAGGAGGAUAACAACAAAGAGGAAGAACUAGAGGAUGAAGUACUAAAUAUAUUAGGAGUGGCUCCUGCUCCAGCCCCUAAGAAAGAACUAUUGCACAAACAAAUUGCUGGGAGAUGGUGCGAGAUCCUGGAGAAAGGACUGAAAAAGGAUGAAAAAGAAACAAUUACAAAAGACAAUCCAGCCUUCCAGAAUGUGCCCAAGAUGUGUGCUCCAAAACUUAACAAAGAAGUUGCCGCUGCUCUGAAUGACAUGGCUAAGAAAAGGGAUCAAGUUAUUGAAACCCGACAGAAACAAAUGUCUACAGCCUUGGCUUGUGUAGGCCAAGCCCUACAGAUGUGUAUUGGAGAUCAUCAACAACAAAAACUGUCAAUUAUAAAAAAGCUGAAUGAAGCGGGAAGGCUGCUAAGUGACUCCAUAUUUCUAGAAACAAAAGGACGUAGAAACUUGGUACUCUCAACAAUAAAUAAAGAUCUAAAGGACUCAUUAUUGGAAACUGAGAGUGGAGAUUACUUGUUUGGUGACAAUCUGAUUGAGAAGAUAAAAACUGCUAAGGCAGUCCAAAAAUCAGGAAAGGAGUUAAAAGUAAUAGUGAAUGACAAAAAGAAAACCUUUGUAAGGCGACCUGAAACCAGCGCAAAGAACGACAACAACCGAGCUUUAAACUGGCGGGGCCCUCCUCGGAUGGGAUCACAGAGGUUCCAGAGGUCAGGCGGGCCGACAUACAAUCGCCAACAACAAGCCAGCAAGAAGAACGAGGACAAGACAUUGCCGAGACGAGGGAAGAAAUAAAUGCUAAGGUAGGCAGAAUUAGGUUUUUUCUCAAUAAUUGGAAACAAAUCACUAGUGACCCUGUAAUAUUAGAUUGGGUUCAGGGAUAUAAAAUCCCUUUCAAGGAGUUACCUCACCAGGGGUCUAUACCCCUAAACAACAAUUUACCGUUGGCAGACCAACGGCAAAUUAGAUCAGAAAUCAAAUUGUUACUCAGUAUGAAUGCUAUUGAAAUAUGUAUGCCUACAAAUGAUCAGUUCUGCUCUCCAAUCUUUGUCAUUAAGAAACCAAACGGUACCUAUCGCUUUAUUUUAAAUUUGAAAAAACUUAACACUUUUGUAAAUACUGAACAUUUUAAAUUAGAGGAUUAUCGGACAGCAUGUAAGCUCAUACAGAAUAAUGAUUAUUUAGUAACUUUAGACCUCAAAGACGCAUAUUAUAUGAUUAAUAUACAUGAAUCAUGUAAAAGGUAUUUAAGGUUCUUUUUUGAAGGAAAAUAUUACCAGUUUAAUGUUUUACCUUUUGGACUUUGUACGGCUCCACUUACUUUUACAAAAAUUAUGAAACCUGUCACAGCUGCUCUGAGAGAGAGAGGCUUUAUUUCAAUUAUUUAUAUUGACGACUAUCUGGCCAUUGGUAAAAAUUAUACUGAAUGUCUGAAUAAUAUGAAUAUGACAUUAGAUUUAUUACAUAAAUUAGGCUUUAUUGUUAAUAAAGAAAAGUGUGAUCUGAUUCCCAAACAGUGCUGUAAAUUCUUAGGUUUCAUCUUUAAUACAGCAGAAAUGUCAAUAAGUAUCUCUAAUGAAAAGAAAGAAAAUUGUUUAAAAUUAACUAAAGAGUUAUUGUCAAAGGAAGUGUUUACAAUAAGGUUCUUAGCUCAUGUGGUAGGUAAGCUUGUAGCUAUAUGUCCAGCCAUAAAAUAUGGCAUUUUAUACACCAAGGAAUUAGAGAGGCUAAAAUUCCUUGCACUUACAAAGCAUAAUGAUAAUUAUGAAUGCAAAAUUUCAUUAAACAAUAAAUGUAGGGAGGACUUGACAUGGUGGAAAAAUAAUUUAAAUGAUUCUAAGAAUGUUAUUAGGAAAAAUACUUACAUACUAGAGAUAUUCAGUGAUGCGUCUACAACAGGAUGGGGAGCUUCAUGUGGUACAAGUCGCACAGGCGGAGUGUGGUCAGAGGACGAACUAGGCCUUCAUAUAAAUGCUCUUGAGCUAAAAGCUGCCUUUUUCGGACUUAAAUGCUUUGCAACAAAGUUAACAAAAUGCCAAAUACUUCUCAGAAUUGACAAUGUCACUGCAAUUUCAUAUAUAAACAGAUUAGGUGGUAUUCAAUAUCCACAUUUACAUAGUCUUGCAAAACAAAUAUGGCAAUGGUGUGAAAUAAGAGAUAUUUAUAUACUGGCUACAUACAUAAAUACCAAACUUAAUGUAAUCGCAGAUUUUGAAUCAAGGAAACAACUAGGUAACACAGAGUGGGAAAUAAAUGACAUCUAUUUUGAACAAAUAACUUCAACUUUUGGAACACCAACUAUAGAUCUCUUUGCAACAAGGACUAAUAAGAAAUGUAAUUGUUUUGUUUCAUGGCACCCUGACCCAGACGCAUUUGCAAUUGAUGCAUUCACACUUUGCUGGUCUCAACUGAACUUUUACGCAUUCCCUCCUUUCUCCAUGAUCCUUAAGACCUUGGAAAAAAUCAUCACAGAUAAAGCAAAAGGCAUAGUUGUAGUUCCUUAUUGGAAUACUCAACCCUGGUUCCCUAUGUUCAUGAGAUUGCUAGUUAAUAAACCAUUAAUUUUGAAACCUGCUAAAGAUUUACUUCAUUUGCAAAAUUCCAGAGAGCCACACCCCUUGCACAAGAACCUAAGGCUGAUGGCAGGAGUAUUAUCCGGCAGGCCUUCAUAAAAUCCGGAAUUAGUGAAGAUUCAGCAGAGAUCAUGUUAGCUUCUAUAUCGGUUAAUACAUUAAAACAAUAUCAACCAUGUAUUGUCGCGUGGACUAAGUAUGCAGAAGAUUUAGGGCUAUCAAUAAAUAAACCAAGCAUUCCAGACGUUAUUACCUAUUUAACAAAAAAGUUUCAUGAGGGAUUGUCAUAUGGUAGUUUAAAUUCUAUUAGAUCAGCAUUAUCAUUGAUUAUAGGUACUCACCUUGGUACAGAUGAAAGAAUCAAAAGAUUGUUUAAAGGAUUUUUUAAGUUAAGACCUAGUGCGCCUAAAUAUAAUGAUACAUGGGAUGUAUCCACAGUUCUUAAGUAUAUUGAAACAGAAUAUAAAGAUUCAAGUAAUUUAGAAACUAUAACAAAAAAGACUGCUACUUUAUUAAUUCUAGCCACAGGCCAAAGAGUACAAACAUUAUCUUUAAUUGACAUAAAUAAUUUAAUUAUUAAGGAUGAUUGUGUAACAAUUAAAAUUGAUAAAUUAAUUAAGACCUCUGCCCCUAACAAGUGUCAGCCAUUUCUUACAUUACCCUUUUUUAGGGAUAAAGCAGAUAUUUGUCCUGCUAAAGCGCUCUGUGACUAUCUCGAUGCAACAAAGCAUCUUAGAAAUACUGACAACUUAUUUGUAUCUUUUAGAAAACCGCAUAAAAAAGUUUCCUCCAGCACAAUCAGCCGUUGGAUAAAGAAGUGUAUGACCGAAAGUGGUAUAGACACAUCAAUCUUUACCACACAUAGCACCAGACACGCUACGACAUCUGCAGCGUUUAAUAAAGGUGUAAAUAUUGAUGAUAUACGUAGAACAGCUGGUUGGUCUGGGGAAUCCACAGUAUUUGGAAGGUUU